AUGGAACGAGUCAUCGAGUCCUUCACCCCAGACCAACUUCGCCAACUCAAAGCUGUACUCGAUACCCACCAGAAAGAAUUAGAGCUCGAUGAUGAGCAGCGGUCGGAUCGGACAGAGCUCGUCUCGGAGGCGGACGCUGAGCAAAGCAGCUCAAAACGUAAAGCCGACGCUGUCGACAAGGAUGACGAGACCGAACGGUCCCGAAUGGCGCCAGCUCUACGUGAGCCGCUGGCUCCUCGACAAGAUCUGGGUGUCGACAAUACCUUUGGCCGAGAUGCAAAAGCGAAGGCCAUGUCAUCGAUUCACACUCAAAUGACGGUCCCGGUCGUUUUGCACAAGCCCGGCAGCAAUAAGCCCACCGCCAAACGAAACACCUCGAACAAGGUCAAGAUCUUGAACCCAAAGACCAUCUUGACAAGGUUCCUUCAACGGUUGAUGCCAGAUGAGAACAUCCUUCUCGCGGCUAGACGAAGCUGUCUGCUGUUUUACAAAAACAAUAACGAGACUCCAGUCUAUCACCGCCCCCUGACCAUCAUCGACGAUCCAAACGUCCGAGAAUUGCAAGGGGACGAGCGAUGCAACAACUGCAAGAGUUAUGCCGACAGAUACUUGCCACCUCCCGGAAUGGAACAGUGGCCUUGCUUGUCCGUGGAAAAUGGAGGCAGGUGUACCUUUUGCGUCAUCGGACAUGCCGCUGGAUGCAGCCUUCUCAAGCCGGCCGCCAUCAGGUCCGAUGCUCCUCUCGACGCGAAACAGGAGGCGGCUUCCGGUGACACUCCGAUCAAGAGGGAAGUCAGCGGACGCGGCCGGGUCGGUCGGCAGAAGAAGUCGUUCAUCAGUCAGAUGAGGAGCUUGAUCGCUGUCAGCUCGGAUUGGUGUAAAGAGAUAGAGGACACAGAGGAGCAGGAGGAAGUGCCCGAAUUGAUGGCCGAUACGCUCAAGGAGAUACGCCGUCAGAUGAGGUCGUUGGAGGAAAUUGCCGGGGCGGUAGCCGAAUGAUCAGAAGGUGGACGAAGACCGAGUGUCUAGUGCGAGAUGACUUCUUUCCCGCCGAUUUCCAGAAUCUACGACUACCUUAUGCUUGUUUGUAAUACGAUACGUUCUUAUGCCUGCU